CCUAAUCAGGAUGAGAAAGAAAUAAAUUCGAGAUUUAACAAUACAAGCUGACGAAUUGAAUUGGGUUUCAGUGGUUCUCUUCUACAUGGCCAAUCUGCCUCAGAAUCUAUCGAUUAACGCCGUUUCCUUCGGUGGAGGUCCGGCCUCCCCCUCCCCCUCCGCUGUUGGACUUCAUCCCAUCAAGGAACGCAAAAUGCAAUCCGCUGAGCAGCUUGUGCUCGAUCUCAGUAACCCCGAUCUCCGUGAAAAUGCUCUUCUCGAAUUAUCCAAGAAGAGAGAACUAUUUCAAGAUCUCGCCCCAUUACUAUGGAAUUCAUUUGGUACUAUUGCCGCACUGUUGCAGGAAAUUGUUUCCAUCUACCCUGUUUUGUCACCCCCAAACUUGACCCCGGCACAAUCAAAUAGGGUUUGUAAUGCACUUGCACUUCUUCAGUGUGUGGCCUCUCAUCCAGACACCAGAAUGUUUUUUCUCAAUGCCCAUAUUCCUCUCUAUUUGUAUCCGUUUCUUAAUACGACCAGCAAAUCAAGGCCUUUUGAAUAUCUUAGGCUUACUAGCUUAGGUGUCAUUGGUGCCCUUGUGAAGGUGGAUGACAGUGAUGUUAUCAAUUUUCUGCUAUCCACGGAAAUAAUUCCUCUUUGCCUGCGCACAAUGGAGAUGGGUAGUGAACUCUCAAAAACAGUUGCAACAUUCAUAGUGCAAAAGAUCCUUUUAGAUGAUAUGGGUUUGGAUUAUAUAUGUACUACCGCUGAGCGGUUCUUUGCUGUGGGUCGGGUGCUGGCGAAUAUGGUGACAGCCCUUGCUGAGCAGCCUUCUUCUAGAUUGCUGAAGCAUAUUAUCCGUUGCUACCUUCGUUUGUCUGAUAAUCCAAGAGCCUGUGAUGCACUCAGAAGUUGCCUACCUGAUCUGCUUAGGGAUGCCGCUCCCUUCAGUAGUUGCCUCAGAGAGGACCCAACUACCCGAAGGUGGCUACAACAGUUACUUCACAACGUGCAAAUUCCCCGGGUUCCUCUACAGGCAGGGGGAGGUUUUGAUCAUAUGCUGAUGAACUGAAUUAACAGGAUUCUAUGUCAUGAUCAGGGAUGAAUCCUUAAUUUAUGGUCAAGAGCGCAAAGCAUUUUUCAUUAUGAUAGUACUCUAUAUGUUAUUUAUUUAAAAUUAAUAAUAUAAAUUUAUUUUUAAUAGCAUAUAUCAGGACAUUUAAUAGGCUUGGGACCGGUUCGGUUUCUAGGCAAAAUAUAUGGAACCGUUUGAAAAUAUGAAAUUUUACUAACGGCUUGGUUCUUAUAAAUUAUUUUGUAGAACUGAUAAGGAACUGAAUCGUCAUAAUGGUUCGG